GUAAGUGCGGUGUGAAUGCUGAAUGGUGUGACAUUGACAGUUGCCGAAAAUGUGAACAUAUUUCGCCAGGAAUUUGUGGAUAUUUACCCGUUUCUUCCCGGAUCGAUGUCGUGAUAAAGCCACCAUGAACCCGAGACUGAUACAGAACCGUAAUCCUUUAGAGGAUUUUGAACUUUUACAAAGAAUAGGGAGUGGAACCUAUGGCGAUGUGUACAAGGCCAAGAUGGUUGCCGAUGGCAAUCUUGCUGCUUUAAAGGUGAUCAAGAUGGACCCAGGGGACGAUGUGGAGAUCAUACAGAAAGAGAUAGCCAUUAUGAAGGAGUGCAGACACAUGAAUAUCGUCAUGUAUUUUGGCAGCUACUUACGCCGAGAUAAGCUGUGGAUUGCCAUGGAAUACUGCGGUGGGGGGUCAUUGCAAGACAUCUAUCACAUGACGGGACACCUGACUGAAUCCCAGAUUGCCUACGUGUGCAGAGAGACACUCCACGGACUGCAUUAUCUACACACACUCAAUAUGAUGCAUCGAGAUAUCAAGGGAGCCAACAUCCUGCUAACUGACGAUGGAGAUUGCAAACUCGCUGACUUUGGAGUUUCUGCCCAAAUCACCCAGACAACAAUGAAGAGAAAGUCCUUCAUUGGUACCCCGUAUUGGAUGGCUCCCGAAGUGGCAGCAGUGGAAAGAACAGGAGGCUACAACUCACAGUGUGAUGUCUGGGCUGUUGGAAUCACCGCUAUUGAGCUCGCUGAAUUACAACCUCCGAUGUUUGAUUUGCAUCCAAUGAGGGCACUUUAUCUCAUGUCCAAGAAGAACUUUGUGCCGCCCAAGUUGAAGGAGCAGACCAAGUGGUCGGGUAGCUUCCACGGCUUCCUCAAAAGUGCACUCACCAAGAACCCAAAGAAACGACCAUUAGCUGAGAAGCUCCUUAGGCACCCAUUUUUCACCGAUACUCCAGGACUAUCACAGCAACUCAUGAAGCAGUUAUUGGAUAAAGCACAUAACAUCAACAGCACUCCGACCUAUGUACCGGUAGAAGAUGAGGAAGAAGAUGUACUGGAAGUGAGUUCAGCAAAUGUAAGGAGGAGGAUCGCAUCCAAGAAUACAGACAAAAACAAAGACAGACCUCAAUCAGAAAUCAAUGCUGAAAGUGUCAAGUACGCUGUGGAGAAUGUACCCCGCGCCAUUCCACCCCGGGCCAAACCCGAGGACGACGACAUGGAUGAUAUGGGCGACCCAGACUACCAGAUGGCCAAGGACUGGGCACCAGCUAGACAAACCGGUAAAGAGCCACCUAGGAGGGAACCGAUUGAAGCACUUGCCCCUAAUCCAUCCAGACCACCGGCCAGGCCACCGGUUAAGGAACCUGGCCGGGAACCAGCCAAGGAACCGGCCAACGACAACGAUGUUGACAAUAGAAAGAGUUUACUGAAAUCAGUGGCAGAGGAGCUACAGAGACGAGGCCAUCAAACUAACAACUUUUCUGAGCUUGAGCACCAGUACGAACAUGGCCAAAACAGAUCGGAGGUGGAAGAUCCAGAGAAUGCAACCAAAGAGGGACCCCCCAGGAAAACAUUGCCACAAGACGAUGAUGCCCCUCCCCUUCCACCAAAGAAAGCAGUUCAUUUCAAGGAAUCCGCCAAUGAUAACGCCGUGGCCGGUCGGAGGACAAGCCCCUCGGGACGCAUCCCUCCGCCAGUCGCCCCACGUCCCAACGGCAGGGCACCAACGACAAACGGUGAAAACACAGAGUUGGACACUGAUCCUCCAGUUGUGCCGCCCAGAAGAAUACGCAACGAGUUCUUAGAGCCCCAGCCUCAGCAGGCAUGCAACGGGUUGCCGCCAACGCCUAAAGUUACAAUGGGAGCCUGUUUUUCCAAAGUGUUCAACGAGUGUCCACUCAUCGUCUACAGCUCAACUAGCUGGGUUCACCCAGAAACAAGAGAUCAGUACAUAAUCUUUGCUUGUGAGGAAGGUAUUUACACAUUCAACUUAACUCAGAUUCAUGAAGGAGUCAUGGACCAGAUUUUCCCAAGAAGAACAAUGUGGGUGUACGUAGUAAAUAAUGUUAUGAUGUCAUUAACCGGUAAGACUCCGAGCCUGUACCAGCACAACCUCCUAGCUUUAAUUGACAAGAAUCCACAUCGCUUCCACAUGCCAAGCCUACUGGGAGACAAGCUGCAAAGGAUCCCCGAUAAAUUAGUCCCAAGGAAGUUUGCGCUGAGCCACAAAGUGCCCGACACCAAGGGCUGUUCCCGCUGCUGUAUAGUUCGAAAUCCUUACGACAACCACAAGUAUCUAUGUGGGGCGCUACCCAACGGUGUUGUUCUACUUCAAUGGUAUGAGCCCAUGAACAAGUUUCUUCAGAUCAAGGUGUUUGAUUGCCCCCUUCCACCUGAAAUCAAGGUGUUUGAGAUGUUAAUUAGACAAGAUGCUGAGUUUCCUAUAGUCUGUGUUGGAGUCGCAAGAGGGGCAGAUCGGAAACACUUAUCCUUUGACCUAAUAAACCUGAACACCGCAUCCAGCUGGUUUGUGGGUCAUCCACCAGAAGACAAACUCCUAGACGUUGUGUGUGUUUCCCAACUCGAGAGGGACACUGUGCUUGUGUGCUUUGACAGUAAGUCUCGCGGGGAAGUGAAGGUGGUCAAUCUGAACGGCAGACCCAAGUCCAGCCGUAAGCUUUCCGCCGAGCUACACUUUGACUUUGUUGUGGAGAAUCUGGUGGUACUUCAGGAUAGCGUACUAGCCUUCCAUAAACAUGGCAUGCAGGGACGCAGUUUCAGAACAAAUGAGGUAACUCAAGAGAUCUGUGACAGAAGCAAACUGUUUACACUGAUGGGUUCAGAGAGACUGAUCAUCCUGAAGAGUCACCCCACGGACAACCCCAAUGCUCCCAGUAAUGUCUACAUGCUUACCGGACAUACUAACAUGAUGUGAACCAUGGGUGCAUAGAGUAGUUGACCCCCUUAUGCAACGAGGAUCGCACUUACACGCGCCUAUCCUGUCUGCCUUUUUGGAAGUCAUUUUGGAAUUGACUCCCAAAACUGCGGAGAUGGUUGACGCGUAUUUUGCCGACGUGUGUACUGGGGUCAAUAGGACAGCAUUAGCACUGAGGACAUAUAAUAGCGGAGGUUGGUCGUCAGAAUCUCACUUGUAUAAACUCUGUGGGAUUUCAUCCAUGGAGUGACUUCUUAAAGGGCUGCUUGAAGUGGACAUCUUGUUGUCAGGUUCUCCUGAAGAGACGUUGCUGUCUGGAAGUUUCCUUCAAAGGGGAUAUCCACCUUCGACACACCUUUUUGUUUUUUUUAAAGAAACGUGUUUAAAAAAAUAACCAAGUGAAUGUCAUUGAUCUUGCAAAAAGUUGAAAUAUAUCCUACCCGCUCAAGUAUAAGAGAAGAUGUCCUCCCGAAUAAUGAGUCAGUGACCGUACUCCAAGAUUACGUCAAAUGCCUAUUUUUCAACAUUGCUGCUGCAGCCGAUGACAAUAUUUGUAGGCAAAUCUGCUUAAUGGGUGCUUUCCAAGGCACUAGGUGGCUGAAUACUUACUGGGUAUAUCCAUUGAUGUGUUCGUGGUCGGAUUCAAUGUAAACAUUGGAAAUUACCUGCAACAAGAAUACUGCCAUUUAGUGUCUCAAAAUCUCUCAUUCCAUGUUGUGGUUUUUAUCUAACAUUAAAGAAGGGGUGCAUUUUGUAACGGCCAAGUAACUCCUAAAAUGGCUGAAUUCUGGGAUUAACCAUAAUCGUAAACUUUACUUCGAUACGUAAUCAAGCAAUUUUUGUUAUGUAUAUCAUUAUGAUAAGCUCUACUUAAAAAAAAGUUGGACUACCCCUUAACUCUAACCUCCAAAAUCCUUCUAUAUCAUCGCGUUGGUGCAACAUUGUCGUAUCUCAGUUGUUUGUGCAGCAAUGUUGUAUCUCAGUUGUGCAGCAAUGUCAAGUGCAAAAACGUAUCUCUUCAUAGCCCCUUUUGGAUUAGUGUGUACAACAUUGUGACACUUUCAAACUCAAGAUUUACGUAGAUGCUAUUGUAGGAGAGACAACUUUUCUGCACAUACUUUUUGUUCUCGCUUUGUCAAAAUGAAGGAUUCAGAAUGACGGAGGGCCUUGAACCCAAAUAACAAUGGGAGACUUUGGAACAGUAGGUGGCAGCAGACUUACCAGGUAAAUGUCCAUUGAUUACAUAGUUCUGAGCACACGCACAUUACCGAGAACAAUGGAUUUUACCUGGUAAGUCUGCUGCCACCAAGCAUUCUGAAAGUCCCUUACUGGUCAUGACUUGAUCUGGCAUUCCGUUUUCAUCUAAACCCAACAUGUUUUAUGUGGAGUGACAUAGGAGUGGAGGAUAUUGAAGGAUUGAGGUCAUCUGUAUGCUAAAAUGCAUACACUGCUAAAAAUGGUGUUCUUGAAUUAAGAAACUUGUAUCUCAAGAAAACAGUUCUUGUUCCCUAUCAAGAUUUUUGGGAGUGACACAAAAAUUUGUUUGUCCUGAAAUAAGAUUUUUUUCUUAUUUCAAGAAUACAAUUUUAGCAGUGUACAGGUGUAGGGAUUUAAGGGUUAGGGACAACUCAUUGAUGAAUAGUAAAUAACGAUGUCGAAAGGUCAGUCCUCUGUUGCAAGAGGUCAUCAAUAAAUUUCACUCUCUAUUUUGCCUUGCCGUUGAGUAUAUAAAUCGUCUUUUUAACCGCUUUGGACUGUUUAGGAAACUUGAAAUCAUGAAAUCAAUUAAGGUGUUGUUUGUGAAGGUAUCUUCAGCUUGCCUCUAUCAUGUACUUGAAUCCAAACGCUGGUUUAUUACUCUUAAAAUGUUGCACAUCUUGCUUUACAUAUGACUUGUUAAUAUGGGAACGUUGGAUCAUUCGUUGCCAAAAGUGUAGAAUGAUAUUCAACUGAUUGAAUGGCAUAACUCUUCCCAGACAUGCUGCACAUUUGUUAUCAUUUUUUCCCCUUUUUUUCUGAUUAUAUGAAAAGUUGGGAAAGAUGCGUUGGGGUAAUUGAGUUUUUAUUGAGUCAACAAGAGUAAUCAAAGCUAAUUAGUGUAUGAAGACCUAACUACAUUAAUUCUGUAAAGGGAGGGUAUACAACAAAUUAAUGACCAUACAAUCUUACUUGGUAAGAAAUACUGCAGCUGUUGAUAAUGUAUAACAAUCCAUCAGGUUAGGACCUAGAAAUCCGUGAGAGAAUUCGUCCGCAAGAAAGUUACCUAAAAACCCAUCCUAAGCGCUUUGCCGAACCACCAUCAUACAGUUGUGAUAGCUGCCAAAUAUAGUUCAAAAUCAAAGAUGUCUUUUUGUUAAUAACAAGUCAAUAUUAUUUAGAAAUUUGAAAAUGUUAUCAAAGUUAAGUUGGAAAACGGGACAACUGCUCAGCAUGAGAAAUACUAGCACAUCUAUUUCCAUAAGACUAUUUUUGAUCACUACCACACUACUUCUUAAGAUAAGGCAGGGUGUUACUUUCCAUAAGGGAAACUGGCUGGGUAUUUUUUACAUCAGUAAUACUCUGUGGAUCAGCUGUUUACCUAUUUUUUUUUUGUCAUUUUGUUGUUUUUUAUGAUUGGGGGAGGGGGAAGGUCACAGCAUGGGGGGCUUGGAACAAUGUUCUGCUCAACAUUUUCCAAGUGAAUAGGUUUGUAUUUGUUGUAAUGACAUAAACAUUCAUACAAUAAAAAAGGUAAUGAUCAAUUUGGCAUAUAUGGUAGGAAGUGAAAAUGUCAACUUCCUAACUGUGGCGUGAAGAUCUUAAAAUUGGCUAGAGUGUAGGUCUUCAGCUGUCCCUUUAUUAUAAUGCCAGAUGAGGGAACCUCAGCUGAAUCAAACACUGUACUAUUUCAUAAUGAUAAUAAUAUUAAAUAAAUAAUAAUAAUAAUAAGUAAAGUAAUAGACUCGGCCUGUACUAAUGAUAUAUGUAUAAAAAGUACACUCAGUAACUUAAGCAUGCAUAUAGAAAGUUGUUUGGAGUAAUCCAUGUUUUAAUUGUUAAUAUGUACAUAAUGUGCUGUUGGUUCCAAAAUGGCCAUUUUGGACAGGGGCCAUUUUCCCCCACAAUCUUAAAGAGAGUUUGAAUGCAAAGACAGACAAGGUGGUAACUAUGGCCGUGGUAGAAUUGGCAGCUGUGGCUGUUGCUAAGGCUGUUGUUAUGGGCAUCCUAUGCUUCACCACAUGUUGUCGUGGCAAUCAAGCCAAAACUGCUAUUCUGGACAUGACCUACAACAGUUAAAUGGGAUUCAGGUCAAGUACAAUUGAAUUAAUAGAACAUUUUUACCUGGGCUUUUUCGGCCUGAAGAAAACCAGCAAAAAGUUAAAUCAAACUGAUGAUUUUACCACAAUGUCUAUCUUGUAACAAAAACAAAGAAGAAAACCUGUACAGGUCUAACCUAUCACUGUUUACCUAAAACUAUUUUGUUGAAAAUGUUACAUCAUCGAAUAACUUAAGGACAGUUGUAGAGUAUUCUUUUAAAAUUUCUUGAUGAACUUUUUUUAGUUACUUCUCUAAAAGCUGCAUCAUGUUAAUACAUAAAUCUGUCUGGGCCAGAUUUAAAUGUAAACCAGGGUACAUUUUGUUUGCUGUAACUGAUGAGGUCCUUCGGUUUUAACCUGAUAACUAUGCUAAUUUACCAAAAACCAAAACAUUGCUAUGUCCACCAAAUUGUUCCCUGGUGUCACAAUGGGUUUUAGUUUACUUUAUUUUGUUGCCAUUGAAUAAGCAAUGCUGUAUUUAAGUUUCAGUAUUAAUGUACUACCGGGUACAAACUUUUACAGAUUGUGAAUAUCAUUAUGUAAUUUUCAAAUUGACAACACAUAUGAGUUGUGUUUGAAACUAAAUUAUUACGCUGGAAUCGUGUAAUAUCCAGCAAUAAUUGGAUAUGCUGGUUAUUUUUACCGGCAGUGUCAGCUGUUAAAGUCAUGUCACGUGAGGCAAUUUACAGGCAACUGUUUCCAGGCAAUCAGGAAGUCCAUUCGCAUUUCAGUUUUCUCAUCAUUUUUCCUGGGGAUAGUGAGUUAAAUCUAGAAGAAUGUCUCUUGUAAUACUGAAUGUUCUAAUGCAUACAGUGCCGGCUGCCUCAAAGUUGCCUGAAAAUAAUGCCCUGCCUGUGUGACAUGGUCUUAAAGAUAUGAAUUUAGAAAUUGUUUGUUAUACCAAGUGUAUCCUGUGUUGGAGCUAAGGGCAUCACUAGUCUUGGUGCAAGAGGUUAUUAAGCCGUUAGCUAAACCACGCACAUUAAACACUGCAUAAUGCAGUUUAAUGGGAAUAACAACGUCUUGCACCAAGACUAGGGUAGCUCAGUCAAACCUCUCUGCAAUGGGUAAAGUCAAUAAUAACACCUAAAAUAUUAACAAUUUUGUAUUGCGCCAAAUAUGCCCAAAUGAUA